GGGCCGGUUCCUAGUCAAUUGCAUCACAAAAAAUGCGCCCUCUCCUCUGUUGGAUUGACGGAGCAGUGCCUCUGUUUGUUGUCAUAGCAACAAACUCUUCCUCCCUCUCCCGGAAGUAAGUAGAGUAAUUUGGCAAGGAGAGUCUUCUGGAAGAGAGGAGGAUGCGGCUCACGACUAUCUUGCGGGCACCAGUCCAAGGCUGGAGGGAGCGGUUCGACUGCAGUGGCCGGGAUGUGGCCCGCUGGUUCCCUGGGCACAUGGCGAAAGGGCUCAAGGACAUGCAGAAACGCCUGCGUGUGGUGGAUUGCCUGCUGGAGGUUCAUGAUGCCCGCAUCCCACUUUCGGGCCGGAACCCUCUGUUGCAGGAAGCCCUAGGUAUCCGGCCACACUUGUUGGUGUUGAAUAAAAUGGACCUGGCAGACCUAACCCACAAACCGCGGAUUCUGCAAAGUUUGGAACAACAAGGUUUAAAACAUGUCCUCUUCACAGAUUGCCUGAAAGAUGAAAAUAUCAAAAAGAUUGUUCCCCUUGUCACAGAACUCAUCAGCAGCAGUCAGCGCUAUCAGAGGGCUGAGAAUGUGGAGUAUUGCAUCAUGGUUAUUGGUGUACCAAACAUGGGGAAAUCAUCAAUCAUUAAUUCGUUGAGAAGGCUGCACCUCAGAAAAGGGAAAGCCUCCUUGGUUGGUGGGGCACCAGGCAUUACCAGAGCAGUUCUCACCAAAAUCCAGGUGUGUGAACGACCCCUUAUGUUCUUACUGGAUACUCCUGGAGUGCUGUCUCCUCAGAUUGGGUGUGUGGAGACAGGACUGAAGUUAGCACUGUGCGGAGCAAUCCGGGAUCACUUGGUAGGUGAAGAAGUCAUUGCUGAUUAUCUGCUUUACACACUGAAUCAUCAUCAGCAAUUCAGUUACAUAGAAAAUUAUGGGCUGGCCGGCCCUUCUGAUGACGUGGAGAGUGUACUCAAGAGCAUUGCAAUGCGCCUGGGCAAGACUCAGCGAAUCAAAGUGCUGACUGGCACAGGAAAUGUGACUGUGAAGGCACCCAACUACAAUGCAGCAGCGUGUGAGUUUAUCCACUCUUUCCGCAAGGGACUUUUAGGGAAGGUAAUGCUGGACUAAGUUCAGCGGUUUUCUCUGUAAUGCUGAUGUUUUCUCCUGGAUGGUUCUGGGGAAUCCAUCUGGAGCAUGUAGCUAAUCCAGGCUGUGGAUACUCUGCUUUUUGUCAAUAUCCCUGGACUAUAUGAAGUCACUGACAGUUUCACCUGUUCUGUGGACACAAUUGCCAGUCCCAGUGGCGGAGCCUUGAGAAGAUGAUGGAGCAGGCAACAGUGAUCAUAAUGUGCUUUCAUCUCUAUUUUCUACGUCUUCCCUCUCUACCAUUCCUUCUCCAUGUAGCAGAAAUCAGACAGGUAUCUAUUCAGAAAGAUAGGAAAGGCUUGCUUUCUUCAGAAGCCUAGGCAAAGUGAUCAUAAGGAGACUGUUACAGCUUGCUGUGCCUAGAAUAUUGUGGAAACUCUUGUGGAACAGUUUGUCAGCAAGUUGCACAUGCAGUUAGUUAAUUGAUGGCAUGAGUAGUCUUGAACCGGCUGGCUACCUUUGAAGAGCUUUUCGUUGCUGCUUGCUGUUCCCCUCUGUUUUAUAGUUUAGGUGGUGAUUCUCAGCUUGUCUUUGCUUUCUAAGCAAUAACAGGCAAGCUGUUAUUUUCCUUCAUUUUAAAAAAACUGUAGAAAUAUGGUUUUUAAUUUGUUUGACAUGUUAAUGUAAUCUAUCUCAGAAAGGUGGAUAACAAAUGCUUUUAGUAAUCAGAUUUUACAAGUGUUCCAGUUUGAAGGGCAGCUAUUUCUGCUCCUUGCUGUCUUGUUCUAUACGAGGGCUGUACCCCAUCUUUGUUGCCUCCUAUCUGCUCUUACAGUAUAUGAUGAAUAUUAUGUGAAUUGGCCUAUAGAUACUCAGACACCAGAAAGGACUGCGAUUUGGAAACGACUGAGCUAGUUCACCUCGCACCUUAGUGUGCUCUAAGCAGCUCUCUUCCUCCUUCUUGGAUUUCUGUUGACCUCUCCCCUUGAUCAGUUGCAGUGGAGGCUGCAUAAGUGCUAAACUGAUGGGAAAACAAUACUAAACAAUUUAUUCCCACCAUCCAGCAAGCAAGGAUUUUCCAUUGUAAUAGUCAGGGGCUGUUCUAAUGGCACAUACUAUGAAACAGCCAUGAUAAGACGGAAGCAUUCAAAAGUAACACUUUCAAAACUAUUAUUGGGGUAAUUGGGAGGAGAUAUUAUACGGGUGCUGCAGUUUACUUGUGGGGCAAUAUGGAUUGCUUCAUUAUUGGGUUUAAUAGAGAAUUGACCAAGAGUUGAAACUAAAUAUUGAAGAUGCUUGAAUAGUAAAAAAUAAACUAUUCUCGUCUGGGAAAGAUGCAUUUGGCCCAACUCUGCUACUGGAGAAUGCUUAUUGAUCACUUUCAGCUCUUAAUCUAACAGCCUUUAUGACAUGUGACUGAGAUUGUUAUUUAUUAGGGCCAGAUCCUGCCGUUGCCUCACUAAGGCUGCAAUCCAAUACAUGUCUACUCAGAAGUAAGAUCCAUUGGUUUCAUUGGGACUUACUCCCAGGUAAGUAUGUAUUGGAUUGCAGCCUAAGGUAUCACACUGUAUUUAGAAUAAAUUAUGCAAGUGUUCAGAUAAUCUGACAGAUACUGUUAGUCAUCUUGAGAUAUUGUCAUAGCCUGAAGUGCUCUGUGAUUUGCUUUAUUGCUGUUAAAAUGCCUAUAUGAUUUGUUAUUAAAAUACCUACAUCAUUUCAAAAGCA